AUGCAAAAAAGCUCGCUGAAAACAAAGGAAAUGUUUAUCAUUCGAGCCUUAGAGAAAAUCCUAACCGACAAAGACAUAAAGCGUUCGCACCACUCGCAGCUGAAGAAGGCGUGCGAGUCGGCCCUUGGCGAAAUCAAGGAUGAGCUGAAGGAUGCAGGUCAGUCACCCGAGUCCGCGGGCAACUCGGAGGCCAGCACGCCAACCACCCCCCAACCGUCGGCCGCCUUGCCUCUACCAAAAAAUGACGCGGCCAGCGUAAUCAACGCCGAAAAGUACUUUCUCCCGUUCGAGUUGGCAUGUCAGAGCAAAACACCGCGCAUUGUUGUGACGGCGCUUGACUGCCUACAGAAACUAAUCGCCUAUGGCCACCUUACGGGCAACAUUCCGGACUCAUCUAAUCCGGGCAAGUUCCUGAUCGAUCGAAUCGUUAAUACGAUUUGUAACUGCUUCAACGGGCCCCAGACGGACGAGGGUGUUCAGCUGCAGAUAAUCAAGGCUCUGCUGACGGUGGUGACCUCACAGCAUGUGGAGGUGCACGAAGGCACCGUGCUGCAGGCGGUGAGGACUUGCUACGAUAUCUACUUGUCGAGUAAGAACUUGGUGAAUCAGACGACGGCCCGUGCGACACUGACACAGAUGCUGAACGUGAUUUUCAUGCGAAUGGAGAACCAGGCGUACGAAAUGCCGCAGGCAACGGAUAGUGUGCCGAAUGGAAAUGGCGCAGGGGAUGGACGGAGUGACGAGGACAAGGAGGAGACUGCCGAGGAGAUCGUUCGAGCGGUGCUCGACGAAAUCAUAAACUCCGCCGUGGCUGCAGUCGAAGCAAAGCAACAACAGCAACUAGCAAACGCAAAUGGCGACAAAGCAGAAACUGCUAGCAUUAAUCGGCAUCCAUCGCAAGAGAGCGUGGAAACGCAAAGCGAGAAUGAUGCCAUCGUAACAGCAAAAUUCACUCAUAUUCUGCAGAAAGAUGCCUUCCUCGUAUUCCGAGCACUCUGCAAACUCUCAAUGAAACCCUUACCUGACGGUCAUCCCGAUCCGAAAUCUCACGAACUACGAUCAAAAGUCCUCUCUCUUCACUUACUGCUGUCAAUCCUGCAAAACGCCGGCCCCGUAUUUCGCUCGAACGAGAUGUUCAUCAUGGCUAUAAAACAAUAUCUUUGUGUGGCCCUGUCGAAAAACGGUGUUAGCUCUGUGCCUGAAGUUUUUGAGUUGUCAUUGUCCAUAUUCGUUGCGUUACUCUCAAACUUCAAAAUACAUCUAAAGCGGCAAAUUGAAGUAUUCUUCAAGGAAAUAUUCCUGAAUAUCUUGGAAGCGACUUCAAGUUCCUUCGAACAUAAAUGGAUGGUAAUUCAAGCACUUACGAGAAUCUGCGCUGACGCCCAGUCCGUCGUGGAUAUAUACGUUAAUUAUGACUGUGAUUUCUCCGCAGCAAAUUUGUUUGAAAGGCUAGUGAACGAUCUAUCGAAAAUAGCUCAAGGAAGGCAGGCCCUCGAACUGGGUGCAACUCCCGGUCAGGAAAAAUCUAUGAGAAUCCGGGGAUUAGAAUGCCUGGUAUCGAUCCUGAAAUGUAUGGUCGAGUGGAGUAAGGACUUGUAUGUAAAUCCCAACACACAAACUACCCUCGGCGAACCAGGGCCGAAACCCGACAGCAACGGGGAAGAUAAUAAUGACAUACAAAGCAUAGCAAAAACAUCUCAUGGUGGAUCCAGUCAAAGUUUGAAUUCCAUCGAAAGUGGACAAAACCGAGAAGUAUUGGAUCUCCCUGAACAACUUGAGGAACGGAAAAUGCGCAAGGAAGUAAUGGAAACUGGUAUUGACAUGUUCAAUCGUAAGCCAAAAAAGGGAGUUAUCUUCCUUCAGGAAAAAGGAUUACUUGGCCCCACCCCAACGGAUAUCGCAAAAUGGCUACAUGAAGACGAGCGCCUAGACAAAACCAUUAUCGGCGACUAUUUAGGUGAGAACGAAGAGCAUUCUCGCAAUGUGAUGUGUGCCUACAUCGACGCUAUGAAUUUCACAAAUAUGGAGGUUGUUUCGGCUCUUCGAUUCUUUUUGGAGGGGUUCCGCCUCCCCGGCGAAGCACAGAAAAUCGAUCGCCUGAUGGAAAAGUUUGCAAGUAGAUACUGCGAAUGCAACCCCAAUAAUCAACUGUUUCAAAGUGCCGACACAGUUUACGUGCUGGCAUUUUCAAUUAUCAUGUUAACAACAGAUUUGCAUUCACCUCAGGUGAAAAACAAGAUGACUAAAGAGCAAUAUAUAAAACUAAACCAGGGUAUCAGCGAUAGUAAGGACUUACCUGAAGAGUACUUGUCGCAAAUUUACGACGAGAUAGCCGGGCAUGAAAUUAAAAUGAAGAACACAGUGGUGAACAAACCUGGCAAACAGAUCAUUGUUAACGAAAAGAAACGAAAAUUUUUGUGGAAUAUGGAAAUGGAGUCGAUAUCAACUACGGCGAAAAAUCUCAUGGAAUCGGUGUCGCAUGUCAAGUCGCCAUUCACAUCCGCAAAACACUUGGAACACGUACGCCCUAUGUUUAAAAUGGCCUGGACGCCAUUUUUGGCUGCCUUCUCGGUUGGUUUGCAAGACUGUGAUGACCCGGAGAUAGCUAGUCUGUGUUUAGACGGUAUUCGAUGCGCAAUUCGCAUUGCAUGCAUCUUUCAUAUGACCCUAGAGCGCGAUGCUUAUGUUCAGGCCUUAUCUAGAUUUACCCUUCUGACCGCGACAUCUCCCAUUACGGAAAUGAAGGCAAAAAAUAUCGACACAAUAAAAACUCUCAUUAUGGUGGCCCAUACCGAUGGAAACUACUUGGGAUCUAGUUGGUUCGAUAUUGUGAAGUGUAUCAGCCAACUGGAACUGGCACAAUUGAUUGGCACAGGAGUGAGACCACAGUACUUAUCAGGCCCAACGACACAUAAAGAUGCUUUGGAUCCUAGCGUAAAAGAACACAUCGGAGAAACAAGCAGUCAAAGUGUUGUGGUUGCUGUUGACCGAAUUUUCACUGGCUCAAUACGGCUAGAUGGAGAUGCUAUCGUGGAUUUCGUAAAGGCCUUAUGUUUGGUCUCCAUGGAUGAACUCCACCAAGCCCAACCGCGUAUGUUCUCCCUCCAAAAAAUCGUUGAAAUCUCGUAUUACAAUAUGGGUCGUAUCCGUCUGCAGUGGUCUCGAAUUUGGCAAAUCCUUGGUGAUCAUUUCAACAAAGUCGGCUGCAACACUAACGAAGAGAUUGCAUUCUUUGCAUUGGACUCCUUACGACAGCUCUCGAUGAAGUUCAUUGAAAAGGGAGAAUUUGCCAAUUUCCGAUUCCAAAAGGAUUUCCUCCGGCCAUUCGAGCACAUUAUGAAGAAAAACAAUUCGUUGGCUAUCCGAGACAUGGUCGUUCGAUGUGUCGCGCAAAUGGUUAAUUCGCAAGCACAUAACAUCAAGUCCGGUUGGAAAAACAUUUUCUCGGUGUUUCAUUUGGCUGCGGGUGAUCACGAAGAAGCCAUCGUGGAACUAGCGUUCCAGACUACCGGGAAAAUUAUAACGGAAUUGUAUCAGAGACAGUUUGCUGUGAUGAUCGAUUCAUUCCAGGAUGCUGUGAAGUGCCUAUCUGAGUUCGCUUGUAACGCUCGCUUUCCGGAUACAAGUAUGGAAGCAAUUCGCUUGGUGAGGACGUGUGCAUUGUGCGUCCAUGAAGCGCCGCAAUUGUUUGCGGAACACGCUGGUAUGGAAAACGAUAUUUCCGUAUCGGAAGAAGAUCGAGUGUGGGUCAGGGGAUGGUUCCCGAUGCUAUUUUCUCUGUCGUGUGUAGUGAACCGAUGCAAGCUGGAUGUUCGGACUCGAGGAUUAACUGUAUUGUUUGAGAUCGUUAAGACUCAUGGGGAUGCUUUCAAACCGAAUUGGUGGCGAGAUCUUUUUAAUAUCCUCUUCCGAAUAUUUGAUAAUAUGAAGUUACCGGAACAACACACUGAGAAAGCGGAGUGGAUGACGACAACCUGCAAUCAUGCUUUAUAUGCCAUUGUCGAUGUAUUCACACAGUACUUCGAUAUUUUGGGGCCUUUGCUAUUGGGUGAUCUCUACACACAGCUUCAUUGGUGCGUCCAACAAAAUAAUGAGCAACUGGCACGGUCUGGAACCAAUUGCCUCGAAAACCUGGUGAUAUCGAAUGGAUUCAAAUUCAACGAGGAUACAUGGAACAAAACAUGCAAAUGUAUGCUGGAUAUAUUUGAUAGCACAUUGCAGCACGAGCUGCUCACAUGGAAACCGGAACCAGGACAAAACAAUCCACAAAAUCGACACCAUCAUCACGCAAAGGAGAACGGCGAAGUCCGGCACGGUAUCCUAAAGCGUUCAAAUUCACAACAUUCUGUCUACAGUAUCAACUCCGAAGAUGGAAAAACAGAAAUUAUCACCCAUGCGACUAACAGUACCUUUGCCAGUCUCCUUAUUAAAUGCGUGGUCCAGUUAGAGUUGAUCCAAACAAUUGAUAACAUAGUUUUCUUCCCUGCUACAUCGAGGAAAGAAGAUGCGGAAACACUCGCUCUUGCUGCUGCUGAUCUCAAAGGAAACAAUCCACACAACCUUACCGAGUGUCAGCGUGAAGAGCAGGGAAUGUACAGUUACCUGAAUACACCUCAUCUUCUGCAGUUGAUUGACUGCCUGCUCCAGUCUCAUCGCUUUGCAAAACGUUUCAAUUCGAACAACGAACAGCGAAAUAUUCUCUGGAGGGCAGGAUUCAAAGGUGCAGUUAAACCAAAUCUACUGAAACAGGAAGCAACUUCUUUAGCCUGCGUGCUAAGGAUUCUAUUCAAGAUGUAUAGCGAUGAGAAUCGGCGGAAAGAUUGGCAUGAAAUUGAAAUUCGUUUGAUUUCGGUUUGCCAAGAGGCAUUGGAGUAUUUCUUAAGUCUACAUAGUGAGGCGCACCGGGAUGCCUGGACGUCACUUUUGCUGUUGGUUUUAACUAGGAUAUUAAAGAUGCCUGAUGCAAGGUUCGCGGCGCAUAUAUCGAGUUAUUACAAUCUACUUUGCGAAAUAAUGUGUUUCGAUUUGAAACCAGAACUUCGAAGUGUCCUUAGGCGAGUAUUUCUAAGGAUUGGUCCAGUUUUUAGUAUAACAUGUGCCACAUAGUUUUUCAUUGUGUACAUUCAUCUGUAAUCAUAACAAACGUAUGUAUGUAAAUGUAUGACAAAGGACUAAUAAUAACAAUAAUAUGAACAGAAAAGAAACAUUUGAAUAAUAGAAAGUCGAAUAAAAGUAGUAUUUUGUUGAGAGGAGAAACGAUCCAUACCUGUAACCCGUAAUUGUGAAUUAAAAAAUUCAAAACUGAAAAGAGGAACAAUAACGUAUGUAAAAUUUGUAGUUAUCACCUUUUAGAUUUUUAACGAAAAAGAAAAUAAAUAAAAAUAACACGAAAAUAGUAGUAUGAAGUCGAUGUCGGUCAGAAGGAGUCGUGCUUAGUUUUACCUAGAAUGGUUUACCAACAGCUGAAGGUAUUAUCUAUAAUUACACGUGCUUAACAUUUUUCAAAAAUAUUUUUCAGACGGCGUAGUAAUAUCUUUAGCCACAGUAGAAAGAAAGUAAAAGAAUGAAACACAUUUUAAACUGUGACACGUUACUUUGUAUGACAAAUAUACGCAAUAAUUCAAUAAAUAAAUGUUCGAUUAACCAAUAAAGGAAACUGCGAAUAACUAAUGCGACCUAGCUGCUAAAACUGUAUAUGCAAACUACUCUUCUAGAUGAGUUGAAUGUAGAUUUAAUCCUGUAUAUUAAAAAUAUAAUAUUCACAAAUUAUGUGUAGAAAUAGAGAAUGAAGGCAAACUUGAAAUUCAUGUGAAAAAAGUCAUUUUGAAUAUGUUAUGUAGACAAAAACAAGAAAAAGUUAUUCUCUAGACAUUGUUUCGAAUUUUUCUAGUUUCACUCAUAUACGUUUCCUUUUCAUGUUGUUGUUUAUUGAAUAUGCGCCUUUUCAUAGGAAAAAUGUGGUCAAAUGCGUGCUAAUGUGAUUAGUUACUAACUUUUUCUGUCAGGUGAGCGGUAGUGAAUAGAGUUACUGCUAGCGUAGUAGAUUAGUUAUUGAAAUGUAUUCAAAUAAAAAAGACAGGUUCAGAUGGGCUUAUAUUUCUCUGCAUGGCAUCCGCCGAAAUGGCGCUGAAUAGCUUCAUUGAAACAAAUUAAACUGAAACUUACUGUACAUUAACAUUAGUAAUAAUGAAUGGCGCUGCAAAGCAGCAGAAGUUUGUACAUGAAGCCUCUCAUAACAUUGCAAUGCUGAUGAAUAAAAGCUUAUCUUGGUAGACUUAUAUCUGACGAUAGCGUUAUCCUCAGCCGAAACUAUUACUACACUAGAUAGAUAAUACUUUCUGAAGAUACAUAUACGAGUAUAUAUGAACUGAUAAAGUUGAGAAUAUUUUUAAAUAGCUUUUUACGUUUGUGUGAAGAAAUAAACCUGAAAAGUGAACGCUAUUGGUAUUAUUUUAAAUUUGACAAAACAAAAUUCCAUUAAAAAACACGAAAAAACUAAACAAAGUUUUUAUGAAUGUAACAAAUUAUUGUAUUUAUUGUAACUGAAAGCUAAGAAUUUACAAAGAAACAACAAAAAAUAUUAUAACGUUAUGUAUAUAGUGGUAAGCUACGUACGGACAAAUAUCGCUGGAGGCUAAUAACACAGAAAACAGGUGAGCCGUUGGAUUAAAACCUAAACAUGGAAAAAGUGCGGGCUCUGCCAAGUCAAAGGUAUAUUAACUCCCCAUUUUAUUUGUUUAUAUAUACAAUAUUCAUAUACAUAUUUUUUCUUAUUUUCUAUUUCUGUUAUAAAUAUAUGACUUAUUGCAAA